AUGUCGUCUAACAUCAGUCAAGCCAACAACAGCAGCAACGCUACGGGAGCCCGGCCUCUUUCAGUCGGCGACGACCGUCUGGCAUCGGACAACAACUUCACCGACCAGUCCUCCGCCCACCCCAACCCCACGGGAGCAGACCAGCAACGCGAGACAGGCGAGACCAUCGACCAAGGCGGCUACGGCCUUUCUGCUUCUGGCGGUGACCAGUUCUCGAAGGAGAACCAGACGGGCCAAGGCUUCUCUUCGACCGAGCAGGCGAGGUCAGGAUCAGGGGGACAAUUCCAGCCCAGCGUGCAGGACUCGAUGGGCAACACCAGCUUCCGCGCAGAUGCACCUUCGGACACCGACGCCGUGACUCACCGUGCUCCAGAUAUGUAA